CGACUAUGAAUCUAUGAUAUCCUUACGGGCUGAAAGAGAGAUAUUGGACCAGCUUAUAAGUUAGUUACAGAUGAGUGAAAAUAGAAAUAAAAUGCCAGCUUACAGCCUUACACUAGUUUCAUAAACUCCACUUCGACUAGUUUUCAACUUUUCGCAUAUUAACAAACACAAAUAGAUAGAUUAAAACGCAAAGGAAAAUGAUUGGAUGAAUGCUGGGCCCCGCGGCUACUCCCCCAGUCAACUAAAACUAACAUUAGAAUCUUCAAUUGUCCGGGAGCCGUGUCUGGCCAUCGAGCCUCCGAGUAGAAACAAAGAAUGAUUGUGGUUGUGGAAAACUUUAGUCCCUUACUGCUGUUGAGCUCAUCAUCCAUGGAGGGCGUGUUUUUUAUCUGUCCAAGCAAAAACCAAGUACAGUAGGCUUCUGGAAGGUGAGUGUAUUAAUAAUUGUACGAGUUGAAUGGAAUAUUGAUUAUACAUUAUUUCUAGCUUCUGUGCCUGUCUCCAAGCAACCCCUUUUAGGCUUUUGACAUUUCUGUUUGGUUUCCUCGUCAAUUUCAACAUGAUUUGUCCUUUUUGAUCUUUCUUCUUUCUGUGAAAAUUUUCUCAGUUCAGCGCUCCUUCUUUGAUCUUGCUCUUGUGCUUGUCCAAGCAAUCCCUUUGAAGGUUUUGAUAUCCUUCUGUUGCUCUUUCUUCUUCCUUGUUGAAGUUUUUUCUUGGUUAGAUGUUUACAAUUUCGUUGACUCAGCGAUUCAUCUUCAAGAAAGACAUUUUCUUUCUGGGUUCUGUGCUUGUCCAAGCUACCCCUUUUGAGCUUUUUUGACAUUUUUGUUAUGUUAAACAAUUUUUUGUCCCAUUAGUCCCCUCUGCUUUCUCUGUUGUUGGGGAAAUUUUGGUUCUUGGUUUGGUUGUUGUAUGCAGUACAGUUUUCUGGGGCACUAGUUUAUGUUCAAGAAAGCAUCUUUAUUGUAUAACUUCGUGAUGGGAUCAUCACAAUCACGCGAGUCAGCAGUUGCUCUAAUCAACCAAUGGAAUUCAGAACCAAGGGAACUGUUGAUCUUCGAUAAAGGCCGCGAUGAAGCUAGUCAAUACUUGCAAGCUGUUGUUAAAAUUCAGCAGACAGCAAGUGCGGAAGAACUCCAACAAAUCAUUCCUAUGGCCAUAAAUCGGCUCAAGCUUGAGUUUCAGAGAGUUUUAAACAGGCAAGGUGAAUCAUAUUUGACGGUUUCCAACACCAUUACUGAGUUGAGCACCACAACCAUAACAGACAUCAGCUAUUACCAAUCCCGGUAUGAAGAUUUUGUGAUGUAUGAAGCCCCAACAACUGAAGUGGUUGAUUAUCUGAGGAAAAUUGCUGAGAUAAUGAAUGCCUGUGGACAUCUUGAGGCCUGCAUUGAUGUGUACAUUUCAGUAAGGAAACCUUUUGUGCGGAUCAUAUUCGACAGAUUGAGGCUUGAUGAAUUGAAGGCCGGUGACACCAAGAAGUUCUUGAGUGAGGAGUUGAAGGUGAGGAUUGAGCGUUGGAUUGGGGCCACGAAAGCUUGUGUUCCAAAGCUUUUCCUGAAAGAGAAACUAUUUGCAGAACAGAUUUUUUCUGGGCUUGGAAGAACUUCUACUCACGUGGAAUGUUUCUUGAAUGUGGUGAAAGAUGUUGCAGUUAGUCUUUUCAGUUUUGCUGAAUCCGUGAGCUUGAGUCGUCAAUCUUCAGAGAGGCUGAAUGUUGUUUUAAUCCUCUACGACGCAAUGCUCUCACUUAUGCCGGAUGUUAAUUCCCUUUUCCCAUUGGAUCAAACAGGCAAAGGUAUUGGAAAUAGCUUUGCAGCAACUUGUUCCAAACUUGGGGAUGAAAUUGGAAGAAUGCUGUCGGAUUUUGAGGAUGUUGUGCUCAAUGAGAUUUCCACCAUCUCGAACAAUGAUGGAGGCCGAGUCCAUCAAUUGACCAAAAAUGUGGUCGGCUACAUUAAUGUCAUUACAAAUUACAAGACUGUUUUGAUGAAGUUGCUGCAAUCGAGGCCUUCUAAGAUUGUUCAAGACAAGAAACUUCCAGAUGAUUUGCUCCGUGACCCCAAGAGUUUAACUCCUUUAAGUCUGCAUUUGGUUUUGAUCAUAGCUGUUUUACAACUCAAUCUGGAUAACAAGUCCAAAUACUACAAGGAAGCCUCUUUAGGUCACCUGUUCAUGAUGAACAAUGUUAACUACAUUGUUCUCAAAAGUAAAGAAUCUCAGGUUUUGCAGGAUUUAAUCGGCGUUGAUUACCUGAACAAGUUGAAUGGUUAUGUAAAGGGGGCAAUGAUUAGCUACCAGGAUCUAACUUGUGGCAUCUUGUUGAAGUGCUUGGAGGAAGAGGGAAUCUAUGUAACCCAAUGCUGUACUUCUAGAGUAUCCACUGGUACUUUGAGGAGCAAUGUGAGAAAUUUCAAUGCUGCUUUUGAAAAGAUUAAGUCCCUGCAAUCCUCUUGGGAAGUGCCUGAUCCUAGCCUCCGGGAAGAAUUACGCCGUUCCAUGUUGAAUAGAUUGAAGCCAGAAUAUGAACGGUUUCUUGAAAGGCACAAGAACCAUUUCGAGAGCACAAACUUUUUCCAGCAAGCCCAGAAGACAGAUGUGAAGUACACAGUUCAGGACCUUCAGGUUUUGAUAGAGGAGAACUUGUUCUCACGUAGCGGCAGUUGAUAAUUUUGAUUGAGCCCCACGACGACAUGUGAUUCAUAUGUGUGAUCCUUCUUAAUGGAAUAAAGGCUUAAUUGUUGUUGUUGUCUGGCUGAAUUGGACAUUGUUUCAUAGAUUCCGCUGCAGAUCCUAAGUGCUCUGUAACUAAGCCCCCUAUAAAAUAUAAAUGGCCUGCAGAAUUCUUUUUGUUUUCUUAUGGAAAUGUGGUAAAUAGUGAUACAGAUCAAAUUUCUCCCACACCAUCUAGUCUGCUCAUUCAUGUAAGAGUAGUUGGUGAACAAUCAACCUCCUAUUGAAGGUUGAUAUAGGACUAUUCUUGGUACCUAGUACUCUUUUCAGCGUUAAUAAUAACAUCAGAUGUUUCUGUACAUUUUCAUUGAAAUUAGUUGUAAGUUUCAGUAAUAUGGCAGAGAAUAAUACAUCAUUUCCCAUGAAGAUUAUUCUAUUACAAAGUGAAGAUGUUUAUCUCUUAACUUACAUCCUUUUCCUGUUCUUUCGAAGCUUUUUUACUAUGCUUUUUAUUCUUAAGCUGAAAUUGAAGUUGGAAAGAAUCUGCAAUCUCAUAGUUUGAUGCUUUUUUACUAUGCUUGAGAUGCCUAACUCUCAGAGCUUACCUUUUCUCAGUUGUUAAUACCAAAGGAGUAGAAUUAGUACUAAAUGGCAGGAUAAAGGGCCCAAAGUCUGCAUAACAUCUUUAGGAUGAGAUCCCAAACUUCAGAUGAAGGAUUCGGAGCUGGUUCAAAUCGAGUUUAGGGCUAUUGUUAGUUUGAGUCACGUAAACAAAACCUUUUACGCAAACUAUGAGGUAAAACCUUAAGCAUUGACAGGAGACUGAUUCGGCGUGGGAAAUCUUCAGUGAUUGCUUGAGAUUAUCAGCUAAGUGAAGGAGGUUCUAGGUCCAAGAUUCGGCAAGAGUUCAUCAUCAAACUGUACAGUACAUAUGCCCGUAGGCAAUGGAUGGUGAUAGCAUUGUAGGCUUAUGGUUCUUUUUAUUGCUGAAAUGAUGAACUCAACUAGAUGUACAAGAUGUAUUGCCAGAUUUAUUAGAAAUUAUUGAUACUUUCGCAUACUGCAAACUGAUUAAAGUUUGCAGAUUAGAUAUAUCGGAAGUUCAUAAUAUUGCAUUUUAUAGAAUGCUAUGUAAUAAUUUAGGGCUUUUAUCCUAAUCUAAUACAUG